AUGGAUUUCAUCAAGACCAGUUCCCUGCGUGCUCUGAUUGAGUUAACUUUCCAACGCAACUGGAACGGCCUAAUUUGGAUGAGUAGAAAAGGAGUUACAACCAAAAGAGUGAAGACUGGUCCAGACGGCUCUAUCGAGAACAGCGCCCAAACCGCGCAGUCCGGCUGGCCGAGAAACGAUUGUUUCACGCUCGGCCAAACCAUCGUCCGUCCUGAAGUCUCGGCCAAAGUUCAAACCAUCCGGCCGAUCACAGCACGACCCGGGAAACAUUGUCCCGCGGUCGGCCAGCCACGACCACUCCACGCCAUGCCGCGCACGACCAUGCCGCGCGAGCCGGGAAGCAAGGCCUCGCGGCCGCGCAACCUUCUCGUACCACGGCCGAUGCGCCGUCCGAGCCGGGAAGACGUCCCACGUCCGGCCGAGAAACAUCGGCCAAACCUUCACCCGCCGACACAACGGCCGACCACAAAUCCGUCCAGCCAGGACCGUCCGACGAUCCGACCACGCCACAACCGAUUUGGCCGAUCGUCCCGACCGACCGUCCCAACGCCGCGGUCGACCCAAAGCCCGUUUUGA